AGAAACCGGACCGAACAAGGAACAAUACAAACGAGUACCAUCUGGUUUCUGAUCGAAGCAGAAACAAAAGCAGUAUUUUCCAACAAGUAUUGCAAGUGAAGCAGACCAAAUUUCUUUCAAUGCCCCAAACAUAACGCAAAGAAUAAAGGAUACACAUAAGUGUAAAAAAAAAACAAAAAAGAAAAAGAAAAAAUUGUCCACCGCCAUGGAUUCGCAGCAACGAACGGUGGCUUCUCCUCCGUCGCCGCCAGGCCACGAUUCCACCGCCACUCUCAUCGCCUUCCUAAUAUUCUUUGCCAUUGCCGCUCUGGUUUUGGUUCCUUCAGCAUCCCCAUCCUUCCAAAAUUCCUUGUCCAUUCUGCACCAAGUACCUGAAGGCCAUGUUGGGGUAUAUUGGAGAGGAGGUGCCCUUCUGAAAAUAAUUACAGAGCCAGGUUUCCAUCUAAAGAUGCCUUUCAUAACUCAGUAUGAACCUGUCCAAGUGACACUUCAGACAGAUCAGGUGACUGAUAUACCCUGUGGUACUAAAGGAGGAGUUAUGAUCAAUUUUGGGAAGAUUGAGGUUGUUAAUCGACUCCACAAGGAAUUUGUCUUUGAGACAUUGCUCAACUAUGGUGUGCAUUAUGAUAAGACAUGGAUAUAUGACAAGAUUCAUCAUGAGAUCAAUCAGUUCUGCAGCUCUCAUAGUCUUCAACAAGUCUAUAUUGAUGUGUUUGACCAGAUUGAUGAAAAGAUGAAAGAUGCUCUUCAAGUUGACUGCACCCGCUAUGCUCCAGGAAUUGAGAUCAUAAGUGUCCGUGUCACAAAGCCUACUAUUCCAGAUAGCAUAAGACGCAAUUUUGAACAAAUGGAAGAGGAGCGUACCAAGGUCUUAAUUGCUAUUGAGAAACAGAAAGUAUCCGAGAAGGAGGCAGAGACUAAGAAGAAGAUGGCCAUUAGUGAGGCUGAGAAGAAUGCCAAUGUUAGCAAGAUCCUUAUGGAGCAAAAAUUGUUGGAAAAGGAUAGUGCUAGAAGACAAGAAGAAAUAGAAAAUGCAAUGUACCUGGCACGUGAAAAGAGCCUGGCAGAUGCAGACUUCUACCGUGUAAUAAAGGAAGCUGAAGCAAACAAGUUGAAGCUCACCCCUGAAUUUCUUCAGCUUAAAUUUAUUGAGGCCAUUGCUAAUAAUACGAAGAUCUUCUUUGGGGACAAGGUUCCAAACAUGAUUUUGGAUCAGAGGCUGCUCGGAAACUUACUUCAUGAUGUUUCUAGAGGGAAAACUACAACGGCCAAAGCAGAUAUCUGAUUUCUUAGCUGUUAGAGUAUUAGGAUUAAUAAGGCUUCUCUCAUUAGUUUUUUCUUUUCUAUUUUUUCCUCUGUACCUGUAUUUGUCUUAGUUAGUUUUACAUUAGAUAGGUCUAACCAUGGUUAGUUAGCUUAUCUUUUCUUUGGCCACUUAUACUUGUAUAUAUAACAAUAAUCCUGCUCUCUGUAAAGGGUUGAUUGUUACAUGAGAGAAAUUAUUGAGAACUUUAC